AUGGCUUCGCACACUCUUGCUAUUCUGGACGAUUACGCAGGCAUAGCUCCCAAAUACUUCAAGCAUAUCCAUCAUCUCAAACUCGACAGCUUUCCCGACACUAUACCUCCCAACAAUGCCGACAACAUAAAAGCCUUGACUGCUCGCUUGGGUAGUUACACCAUCAUCAGCUCCAUGCGAGAACGCACCCCCUUUCCCAAGGAGUUACUCUCCGCAUUGCCCAACCUCAAACUCCUGAUUACCACCGCAAAACGCAAUAGGGCUAUCGACAUGGUUGCUGCGAGAGAGCUUGGAAUUGUUGUUGCCACCGCUCCAGGCAAUCGUAAUAUCUCGCACCCAGAACUUCCCCCACUUAUUGCACCAUCACCUGAAUAUGAUGCGACUACUCAGCAUUGCUUUGCUCUCAUCCUUGCACUUGCUUCACGCAUACCCAUCGAGGAUGCUGCAUUGCGAUCAGGUGGUCCUUUCCAGACUGGGCUCGGUUUCACCCUGUCCAACAAAAUCUAUGGAGCCGUUGGUCUCGGUAGACUUGGAACGAACGCCGCGCGUACUGCCGUUCUCGGUUUUGGAAUGAAGGUCGUUUCUUGGAGUGCAAAUCUAACACAAGAGAAGGCCGAUGAGGCAGCCGAGAAAGCAGGUCUACCCAAAGGCUCUAUCAAAGCUGUGACCAAAGAAGAGUUGCUGAAGACGGCAGACGUCAUCAGUAUGCACUACGUGCUCUCGGAUCGCAGCAAAGGAACUAUCGGUGCCAAAGAAAUCGGCAUGAUGAAGAAGAACGCGAUCCUAGUCAACACUUCCCGAGGCCCCUUGAUCGAUGAGAAAGCUUUAUUAGACGCACUCAACCGCGGUGCAAUCAGGGGUGCAGCUUUGGAUGUUUUCGACGUGGAACCACUUCCUUUGGAUAGCGCCUGGCGCACCACUUCUUGGGGACAAGACGGUCGCUCGCUUGUCGUUCUAUCACCGCACAUGGGCUACGUCAACGACGAAACCAUGCAAAAGUUUUAUGCAGAGCAAGCGGACUCUGUACAACGCUAUAUCGCGGGUGGUAUCGAAGCGGUCCCGGAUGUCCUCAAUUGA